GGGAGGCGUUUCCAGCAUUAAGAGGCGCGUUGCUCUCAGACAGUGUGUUGCGCUCCCAGCUGUUGGGUUGAGCGCAGAGUCCUCCUGCUGCACAUGGUCUAUGUUUAUGAGCCAGUUGGCGUCGGAUGCAUGGAAUCUCCUCGUUAAUUAAAAAAAAAAGUGCCUGGAGAAAUGGAAACAUGAAAUCCGGUUUGGAGUGAUAGAAACGCUGCGUAACGACACAGCACGCCUAUACAAAGAAGAAGACGAGGUGCGCUUUUGGCACCGGAGGAGGGAAGAACCAAACUUCAGAGCUGAGCAUCAAUUGAGGGACAAAAGAUCAGCACAAGACUGAGAGUUGUUUUCUGUAAUGUAAAUUUGUAAUGAUCUUAACUUCAGAUCUGGAAUAAGGAGUCCAGUGCUGUGUUCAUUUUGCUUGCAAUGCUGGAAUGGCUGGUGGCUCUGUGCAUUGUGGUCCUGGUGGUCCUAAUCUGGCCACCAGGCUCCAAAUAUUUUGGCACCGAGAGCCAGUCGGAUGCCUUGCUGCAGGGAUUGGGGAUUUCUCAACAGGCAGCGAAGGACAAGACACCAAGAGAUGGGAGUGAUGAGAGACGCACCGUGGCUCUCAUCUGCAAACCGUCCGCGCUGGCCAACUACCUGCUGAAACACUGCCGGACCUUCAGUAACUACUCUCCGUCGUGCGUCGGCUGGACGUGGCGGUCCAGCUCCUUCCUGCAGAGUGUGUACGAGGCGUGCUGGCCUUACGACAGCCCGGUCCAGUUCGUGCGGGACAACCUGCAGCUGAGCGACGACGGGCUGGUGGCUCUGGACUGGGCUGUGCCAUCCUACCAGAGACGACGCAGGACCUCCAGUCACUCCACCAGUCCAAUUCUGAUCAUCAUCCCAAACUCUUUUGGGAAGAUCACCAGGAAUGUGUUAAAGUUGUGUGAAACUGCACUGUCCCACGGCUACCUCCCAGCAGUUUUCAACCGGCGCAGCCACAACGGCGCCCCGCUCACCACCCUCAAGCUGCAGCAGUUUGGUGACCCUGCCGAUUUGCGCGAGGCCGUGCGCUACAUUCGACACCGACAGCCUGCAGGGAGGCUGUAUGCGGUCAGCGAGAGCACCGGGUCGGGCCUUCUCCUCUCUUACCUUGGGGAGUGUGGAUCGUCCAGCUACGUGACGGCGGCCGUCUGCCUGUCGCCCGUGUUCCGCUGUCAGAGCUGGUUUGAGAACGGGCUGUGCUGGCCCCUGCAGUGGGCGUUGGUGCUCUACCAGAAGAUAUGUCUCAGCAGGUACAAGACGGUGCUGGGUGAGACCAUACAGACAGACACCCUGUUUUCCAGCUGUUCCUUGCGUGGCCUGGAGGAGGCGUUGUUCUGUCAGACUGGACAUGUGGGUUCAGCACCUGCACCGGCAGGGACCAGCAGUAGCUGCAAUACUUCAGGUACCUGGGACGCUUACUGGGAACGCAAUGAACCCUUGAGAGAUGUGGACGAAGUGGCUAUUCCUGUUCUGAGUGUGUGCUCUCAGGACGACCCGGUCCGCGGCGACGCCCAAUCCACGGUACCCUUGGAACUCUUUGAGACAAACCCACAUUUUUUCCUCCUCCUAACUGACCGUGGGAGUCACUGUGGUUUCUCCACCCAGACCGAGGGGAGCGCCACUGGUGCAUGUGGUGCAGUCAGUGCUGCCGCUGCACCGAACACUGGGACGGAGGGCCGUCGGACCAACUGGAGCCACAAAGCCGUGCUGGAAUUCUUCAGGGCGACCACAGACUUCUUCGCUGCAGAAGAGAGAGCGAAGCAGCUCGCUGCGAGGAGGAGGGGGCUGGGGGGAGGCGCAGGAGGGAGAGCUUUCCGCCACCGCAGCGUCAGUACAUGUAAAAGAGUGCCAGCGUGUUCCCAUAAUAUCCACGCCAUUUACAGCUGGCAGAGGUCCUAUACACGAUGAGGGAGCUUAAUGGAAGUUAAUGGACUCCACUGAUGCUUUCUAUUUAGAUUGGGGGUGUUCUGAUUGUUCUCUGCUCUCUCUGACACUCAAAAUGUCAAGAUAUCCAAAUCUAGAAGAGUGCAGAUGUUGUGAAGUACUGAGGUCAUGAAGUACUUUUAAGUGUGUGUUGUUCUCGCACACUUGAUGUGAACCAUAAAACACUCGGGACAGAAAAAAAGAGCACGACAGGCCACAAGCCUGCAUGCAGCCGUAAUGUUUAACUGCUGAACAGUUGAAACUAAACUCUCAAGACGGGUGGGGAUAUAUUUUUCUACAGACUGAUACAAAUCUCUUCACUGCCAGCUGUCAAAACUACAGGCUUCUUCUGUCGCACAUGCUUUUAUUGAUUCAUCUGCCUCACAUUUUACACAGUUUACACAAGAUGUUUGACAUCUGGACACUUAGUGUGGCAUCUUACUGUUUUUCUUUUUAUCACUGAAAGGAUUUUUAUUGAGGAGAAAAAGUGUUGAAAGUCUUGUGUAUAGUAGAGUAGAAAGAAGGGGAAAACAAUCCUGUGAAAUGAAUUUGAGCUACAUGUCAAAUGAGUUUAUUGAACUCAUCCAGUGUUAUUGUGCACAUUAAAGACAGUUUACUGUGUA